AGAUAUAAUGGUUCCCACUGUCUGUGUUAUAAGGUCCCAUAAGAAAAAAAUUGAAAGUUCUCCGUCAAUGAUCUUUCCUCAGGGCAUGGUUACUACGAAAGUGCUGCCAUCUGCCCACACAAUCUCUAACUGAAUGGCUUACUGCAGAAACGAAGAAUUCACGUUUUAAUGGCGGAAAUGCAGAUUAAUGUAAAAUGACACGCAAACCAUGUUUCGUUUUUAAUUGUAAAUCUUCUUAUAACAAAGAAAAGGAAAGUCUUGCGUUUUUCCAUCCACCGAAGUUGUGUCUAAAUUCCUGGCAGGAAAUUAUUAAAAAGCCAGGACUCACUUGCCAGUCCAGAAUUUGCAGUAUUCAUUUUGAAGAGAACGACAUACUCAAAGGGAGAGAAAUUCAAGGCGUGUUUUACAGUUAUCCGAAAUGGAAAUUAAAAUCAGGUGCUCGGCCCAGUAAAUUGCUAGGAAAUGAUGUCAGCGUACUCGAAAGACCUGCUGCAAAGAAGUAUGUUCACAGUGAUAGGUUUAAGUCACCAUAUCGAAAUAUAACAGCAAAGUCUAAAGCUGCUAAUCCUAAGCUGCAGUUGGACAAUCAAUCAUUUUUGUCGAAUAACAACACCAAUGUAUUGAUCCCAUCACAUGCAAAGAAGUCAACGUCAAAUAGCAUAGCUAUACACCAACUUGACGCUGAAAAAGGAAAAGUAAAUGAUAUGGAAGCAGCUGAACCUGUGGCAUUACCAUGUGUAACAACAGAAGACAUGUUCCAGGAACCUACUACUGAAACACUCCUACACAUUCCACCUGAAAAAGAAAUGGCAUCUGAAUCUGAAUCUCAAUUGAGAGUAGAAUUUGAACCAAAUGAUAUGGAAGUGGAUGAACUGAUUGGAGCACCGGGUGAAAUGACAGAAGAAAUGUUACAAGAAAAUUCAGAACAAACAGCACGGGAGACAGAAAUGGAAGGAUACCUUGACCCAGCUACAUACACUGAUGUUAUUGCGAGAGUCAAACUACCUUCCUCUUCGUGGAUGUGGCAAGAAGAUAAGGUUAACAAAACCCUCGUGUGUUUCAGUCAUUCAUUUUCUCCAGAUCGCAAAAUUGUAAUAAAAACAAUCUCAGUUGUCUCCAUGAAUAAGGUGGAAUUGUUCCUCAAUGGAAAACAAAUAUUUCCCCGUAAUGUUAAGACUAAUUUCAAUGUAAUUGAAGAUUUAUCUAACAUUAUUGGUGCCGUGGAAGUAAGCAAUGUGUGUGAUGGAAUUGUUGAACUAUCACUAGCGAAUGUUUGUGUGACGUCCCGAUGUAGCGCUGUGAAAGACGGAAAAAUCAUACGAUCUAACCGGUGCACAGGACUUACUGAAAACAAUGUUUGUUUGAAUUGCAAAUUCCUUAAGAAAUAUCUGAUGACUCGCAAGAAACAAUUAGGUUGUAAGGCUGAGAGGACAGGAAUUCAAAAGAAAAACCAACAGCAAAAGAGAAAUUUAGCAAUGAGAAGAAUUCUCCAACAAGGAAAAUUGGUCUCUGGAAUUGUGUCAAAUUUAGAAAAAGAAAAGCAGACUUUGACUAUUACAAACCAAAAAUUGAUUAAGGAACAGAAAAAGAAUAACUUUGACGAAAAACUAAAGUGCCUGAGUCCUACGGAACAGUUAAUCGUGAAAACUAUGAUGGACAAAGCUAAAGCAAAACCGGGAAAAGAUAACUGUAAGAAAGGAAUGCGUUACGACCCUUUAUUUUUGAUAAUUUGUUGAAAUUUGAUAAUUUUUGAAAUUUGUAUGUCAAAAAUCAAAGUACUCAAUCUUUGUCCUUUUUUUUGUGACACACACCGUGCUGACUCGUAUCCUUAUUUAAUAAUGGAAUUCGUACAAGUUAGAUAUCAUUUUGAAUCAAAGCGUUUUCAAGAACGUAAUUUGGCAGAAGUUGAUAGUAACGUGCGACAAAAUUUCAAGAUGGCAAAACUUGCUUAAUUUUUUUUUUCUAAAUGUAAAUUGUAUGUAUGUUAAUACACAUUACAAGUUAUAAAUUGAA